UGCUGCGGCCGCCGCGGGGCGAGGCGGCGGCAGCGGCGGCAGGAGUAGCGGUACUUGGCGGCGUAGAGGAUGCGGCGGCGGUGGUGUCGGCAGCAGCAGGCGGAGGAGCGGGGAGCGAUGCGGUGCUGCGCGGCGGGGCCGUGGCCGCACAGCGCCCUCACCACGCUCCUGCUGACAGUGUACACAAUUCUGUCUAAGGUGCACUCUGAUCGGAAUGUAUACCCUUCUGCUGGAGUUCUGUUUGUUCAUGUUUUGGAGAGAGAGUACUUUAAGGGGGAAUUUCCUCCUUACCCAAAGCCCGGUGAAAUAAGUAAUGAUCCUAUAACGUUCAAUACCAAUUUAAUGGGUUACCCUGACAGACCUGGAUGGCUGCGCUAUAUCCAAAGGACACCGUACAGUGAUGGAGUGCUCUAUGGCUCACCAACUGUGGAGAACGUGGGCAAGCCAACCAUCAUUGAGAUCACUGCAUAUAACAGGCGUACCUUUGAAACAGCCAGACACAAUUUGAUCAUUAAUAUAAUGUCAGCAGAAGAUUUUCCUUUACCGUAUCAAGCGGAAUUCUUCAUAAGGAACAUGAAUGUAGAAGAAAUGCUGGCAAGUGAAGUUCUGGGGGACUUCCUUGGAGCAGUGAAAAAUGUGUGGCAGCCAGAACGCUUGAAUGCCAUAAACAUUACUUCAGCCCUUGACAGGGGAGGGAGAGUUCCACUUCCCAUUAAUGACAUGAAGGAGGGUGUGUAUGUGAUGGUUGGGGCAGAUGUUCCUUUCUCUUCGUGUUUACGAGAAGUGGAAAACCCACAGAAUCAGCUGAGGUGCAGUCAAGAAAUGGAGCCUGUAAUAACCUGUGAUAAAAAAUUUCGUACUCAAUUCCAUAUUGACUGGUGUAAAAUCUCUCUGGUUGACAAUACAAAGCAAGUUUCCACCUUUCAGGAAGUGGUUCGUGGAGAGGGAAUAUUACCUGAUGGUGGAGAAUACAAGCCACCUUCUGAUACACUGAAAAGCAGAGACUAUUACUCGGAUUUCCUAAUUACCCUGGCAGUGCCCUCGGCAAUAGCACUGGUGCUGUUUCUAAUACUUGCCUACAUCAUGUGCUGCCGACGGGAAGGAGUGGAAAAGAGAAACAUGCAAACACCAGACAUCCAGCUGGUGCACCACAGUGCUAUUCAGAAAUCCACCAAAGAGCUCCGGGACAUGUCCAAGAACAGGGAGAUCGCGUGGCCGCUGUCCACGCUGCCCGUGUUCCACCCGGUGACGGGCGAGAUCGUCCCGCCCCUGCACAGCGACACCUACGACAACACCAGCAUGCCCCUGAUGCAGACACAGCAGAACCUGCCACAUCAGACUCAGAUUCCACAGCAGCAGAGUGCAGGAGAAUUUCGUAUGACAACAUUUCAAAGAUUUGAGAAGCUGUAUGCUCAUCAGGACAUUGCAUUGUAAGCAGAAAACUGCGUCUGCUUUAAAGUGGCCAAGUGCUGGCUACAUUUCCUUAGCUGAGGUUCCUGAAGUCUCUGCUAAGAGAAAUUUGAGUAAUUUUGGAAUUUAAGACUGAGGAUAAAAGGAAUCUCUACAAUGAGGUCAUUUUGUAAAAAGACCAAAGUAGUUGCUCUUGGUUUUGUGGUUUUUGGUUUGUCUUUUGUUUUUCUCUUUUUACAGUUAUGACCCAGUUCUGUCAAAACACAGAACCUUGAUUUACAUUAAUUUUUAAGCAUCAAUGAUGUGUUUGUGGGCUUGGACCUGAAUGCAGGAUUUCAGCAGAUAGAACAAAUCCUGAGCUGCUUUUUAGACUAAUUUUGAGCACCAACUAUGAUCACUGUGGCAGCAAAGUAGAUAAGCAGUGCUCAGUACGUGGUACUAUAUUGUCAAACCUUCAGUAUCAGUUUACAGAGCUGUUCUGCACGCUCAGCACAGCCCACAGCACGUGGCAGCAAAUCCUGCUGGUGGCUGUUAGACCAGGAGAGGUAGCUCAAGCUACAGGCAUUCAAGCUGAGAAAUUAAAGGCAGUUCCUGAAACAGGUGGAAUAAAGAGCCAUUCCUACUCACUUUUCGAGUGGCAUCCAUCAUGCCUUCCUACCUCAUCCAAAAGAUACCAGGAAAGAGACUUCACCAGUAAAUCAGCCUCCUCAGAGACACCCCCCUUCUUUCCAGCAGCUUGGAUGGUUAUCAAUGAAAAGCAAAUCUCAAAACUGCACACUGAUGUUUAUAGUAAAUUAAACAUUUUCAUCUCUUACCCAAGCUGUAAAAAAAAUUCAAGUACAAUCAGCAUUUGGCUUCUGUUACUUUAUACUACUAUUUUCAGAUGUAUCAGCUGUCAGGGUUUUGAAACCAAAAUGAAUGGAAUGGAUUUUAAAUAAUGAUUUUUAAUGCAAUGUAAGAUUAAAGUUUGUAAAUAAUUCUGGGUGUGGAUUAUAGUAAUUUCUGAUAACUCCAGGAUGAAAUGACAAUCAAUGUAUCUACCAGCUGAGCUGCUCCCACCUUAUUUGUAUUAAUGUAACAGUGUCAGUAUAUUUAAGGAAAUAAAUUGUUACAUACAUGCAUAAAGAAUUCCUUUGUAGCAGUGCAGGCUCCACCUAUUUUGGAAAGAAUCUAAUGAUGUAGGUCACUUGGGUAUUAAGAAUACCUGAACUAUUUUAUGAUCGAAAUCUUCAUUUAUCUGAGGUAAGUUUAAUAACAAAUUAUUUAUUUUUAAUUAUUAAAACAAUUACUAUGAAACAUAGAUUUAUAAAGCUGGUUAAAGACACUUAAUGGCUAAAGAAUUAGGAAUAAUUUAGACAGUAAAUUCACAGCCUCUUUUAACAUUAUAUGAUGGCAAUAUGAAUGGAUAUUGUAUUAAGUUGCAGCCAAAUUAAACAGAAAGCCCUACACAUCUCUUUGUACAUACAUGAAAUGUAUGAUCUAAUAAAGUGGAAAACACAA